UGGUGGGGCUGAAAUCGAUGAAGUAGCAGGCUGAGGGAAGAGGAGGAGGAAAAUCUCACGAGAUAAUGAAAGAAAAAGAGGAGAGCUGCUAGGUAGAGAAGAGCGAGGCUACAGUUGGACGUUUGACUUUAAAAAAAUACGAAAGGACAGGGAAAGGACGACGUAUACCGAACCGCCAAUUGUUUGGCCUCUUGUUUUAUUGUGUGAAGCAUCCCUCCAUGCAUCUGACCAAUUGUGUGAAUUUGCGCGGACAGGCUGGAAGACAAGAGACAAGCGACACAAUCGGAGAGAUGCAGAGGACCGACAACAGACGCGGAUGCGCUCAUAUAACGGAAUAAGGCAAAAGAGCGACGAUUCUGCGGAGGAACACAGUUGAGCCCCAAAGAAAGGAUGAGAAGAGUGUUGUAGCACAAAUCCAAAUAAUGUGAUAGUUAAUCUUACUGAAGCUGCUUCACACUUGAUUUCCUGGAGUUUGAAGGAGUUUAAAGAUACUACUUAAGUUGUUAUCAGAUAAUUAAUUAGACCGUAUAGAAGCUCAUAAAUCAAUCCAUUCAGAAAUCAAUAAAUCCAUAGUAUUGUGCAACAGAAGAAGGGCCAUCCAAACUGUUAGGCUACUGUUAAACAACAACUAGGCUACUGAAACAACACCAUCAAGAUAGAAACAAAGGUCAAUUAACUGAAUUAAAAAUGGAUGGAAGCCUAGGGGAGAUGUCUGUCCAAAUCCACUCUGAGCUCCACAGUCAGGAUGGCAGAGCGAUGCUGCAUUCACGGGACCUUUCAGCUGCUUUCCCCAGGCCCUCCCUUGGGGGGCACUCCAUGUCCCUGGAGCAUGAGCACCGACCUCCAGGUUUCGACCACUCCAUGUCAGCCCUGGGCUAUGGAGGAGAUGCUCCAUCUAGCUGUGGCAGCACGUACACCACACUAACCCCCCUGCAGCCCUUCGAUGACAAAUUUCACCACCACCAUCACCACCACCAUCCCUGCCUGCCGGUCAGCAAUGUCAUCGGGAGCUUUACUCUCAUGCGUGAGGACAGAGGCUUGGGUGGCAACUUCUACAACCCUUACGGCAAAGAUCUGGGGAUGACACAGAGCCUUUCGCCACCUUCUACAGGCUCUGGCUUGGGGACACCCAUGCACGGUUAUGGGAGCCUGGGAAACAGCCCCAACGGCAAUGGUGGCCAGAUGCUUCCAAGUGGUUACGAGGUCCAUGGGGGCAACAUCUUCUGCAGGACAGCGGACUUCGGCAGGGAGAUGUCCCCUUCAGGGCUGGGCGGCGACUCGUCGGUCAGCCAUCAGCUGAACAAGAUGGAGGCUCACCAACACGCGUCCAGCCACCAUCCUCACAUCUACAGCCAGCACUACCAACACCACCACCCCAGCCAACAGUCCUCAAAGGCCGGGGAGCUCUCCCACUCCUCGUCCUCUUCGCCCAGCGGUGAGGGCAUGCUGCCCAGCUCCCAGGGCGGUGGAGGUGGAGGGGCUGGAGAGGAGAUCGACACCAGGGAUGUGGCCCAGAGGAUCAUCACUGAGCUGAAGAGGUACAGCAUCCCCCAGGCCAUCUUUGCAGAGAGGGUGCUGUGUAGGUCACAGGGCACUCUGUCUGACCUCCUAAGGAACCCCAAGCCCUGGGGCAAGCUCAAGUCUGGUCGCGAGACCUUCAAGAGGAUGUCCCGCUGGCUGCAGGAGCCCGAGUUUCAAAGGAUGGCCUCACUGCGGCUGGAAGCUUGCAAGCGGAAGGAGCAGGAGCAGAGUAAACUGGAGCGCAACCAGGGCCCCAAGCGCACCAGGCUGGUGUUCACGGACCUCCAGAGGCGUACCCUAUUGGCCAUCUUCCGGGAGAACCACCGACCAGCCAAGGACCUCCAGGUCACCAUCUCCCAGCAGCUGGGCCUGGAGCUCUCCACCGUCAGCAACUUCUUCAUGAAUGCCCGACGCCGCAACGUCAACAAGUGGGCGGAAGAGGGCCGCCCCUCCUCCACAGGCUCCUCAGGCUCCAGCGUGUCCUCCUCCGCCGUGUCCUGCAGCACGGCCUGAUGGGAUAGAGGUGGGCUGGGUGGGCGUCGUGGCAGCAGAGGGCACAUAGACUGGUCUAGGUAGAGAUCAGGCGUAAUAAUGUACUCCUCGUUAUUAGAGGGAGUGAUGGAGUUGGCGUAGUUUAGUUUUUAUGAAGAAUUAUCACAGAGCAUUUCAAACCAAAGUUGAUCACUCCUUGAUAUUGAAGGGGUGAUACCCAGAAUAAUAUGAGAACUUGUAUGAGACAAGUUCCUAUAAUUUGAAUGGUCGUGGGUGAAUAGUUUAUUCACAUUUUAAGAGGGCAAUAGUGAGCACCCUUGAUUUCUUUCAUUUCAUCACAUUCAAUUUGAAUAUGGUAGGUUAUGAAAUCAUAUACAAUUUCAUUUGCCACAUGCUUCGUUAACAACAGGUGUAGACUAACAGUGAAAUGCUUACUUACGGGUCCUUUUCCAACAAUCCAGAGUUAAAAAUUCAACUUUUUUUAUUUUUUAUUAUGACACAAGGAAUAAUAUGGUUAUGAGGCUAUUAAUAAUCAGGACCUUUUUUGCCCUCAGGGCUAAUUUCAUCUCCCUUAGUAGAAAGAGAAAUCAAGUGGCAUCACUGCAUUGCAUAACACCCCUAAUUCAAAUGUUCACCACCCGUUACAUCGACAGAUCUCCAUCUUAUGUCCUUUGUUUCUCUGAGGAGUCAAGACGAAGGUCACAGAGAAUAACAUGGGGAUUGUGACAAAAUCAGAGCUCCAUCACGUUUUCUAAAGAAUGCAGCAUGUGUUCCCAUAUAACAUGGUUCGCAGGACUGCAGAACUCUCUGGAUGAUCAGGAGGUUAUUUCUCUCUCCACGAUUCUCCGUUUUCAAUCAUUACCUGUCACGAGAACCUUGACUUUUAUUUUACACUUCUUGACAACGGUUCCAGCUUGAAUGAAUCACAGUCUUCAAGGAGCAACCUUGGUGUGUCUCACUUUAAAUCGGGACAGAAUCAGUAAAUAAGGGCAGAAUUUCAAGGGAUGCCAAGUCAGAGACUUUUUGAUGCAACCCUCCAGCUUUAAGACAUUGACUGACCUACCACACAAAAGCUCUGUAGCCAUUUUGACUCAACCAAAACACUUUGAACACGACGGACGCAAUGGAAAGAAGUACUUGUAACACAAUGUAUAGUAGUAAGGUAGUAUUUUUUCCACUCAUGUUUCAAAACACUUAACUGAACAAACCUCGGCUCCAUUGCAAAUCUUUUUUUACAGACGCCUGGAAAAUGGAGGAAUGUGAUUCUUUCAGCCCUUUUGUACAGAUUUCAAGCACAUUGCUCUAUUUAUAGAAAUCCAAUGGAAGUAUGAGUUGUUGUUCCAGUCCUGCUACGUACACCAAGGUCAUUUUAGUUCCUCGAGGGACGGUUUUAACAUGGCUCUUUAUAACCAGUUUCAUUGGAGCAAGAAUUUAAAAUGCCAUUGCUGAACUGAUCAAUGUAUUUAUUACUGCAUUUCUGUAUUUAUUGUUUUUCUUUUGUUUCUCUCUAUUUAUUUGGUUGUUUAUUUAUGCUAUCUAUAUACUGUAAGUAUUUAUUUAAUAAUGCUUUGUAUGUCUGUGUGAAACAUAAUUUUUUUCUGAUGGGUACUUUUAGUUGUAGAAUCCCAUCGUAAUACCAAAGAUUAAGAUUGUCCUCCCUGAAUGUAUGGCCUAAACCCCUUUCCUCUCCCCCGACUCCCAGUGAUGUUACGUAUCUCUCUCUUUAAGGCCUUUGUUUUGUAGAAUAAUGGGGAUUUCUUUACUAUUGGCAAAUGUCUCUGUGGUCAGGUCUUAUGCCAAGACUAAGCUUGUUUGAAUGUUGUGGUAAUGUGACAUCUCAUAGGUUCACAGGUUGCUUGUAAAAUUGUGUUCAAACAUCAUUCGGCAGAGUGUCUUGAGAGUCCAGGGAUGCACUUACAGAGCUUUUCAGGCUCUUAAGUGUGAAUCCUUUGAGACCCCAUGGAAACAUGCAUGCUGUGCAUCUUCCUGGGGUUUGCAUAGCAGUGACUCCCCUUGCUGCAGUGUACACACUCCUGUCUAUGUCCUGCUCAAUGUGAUUUCACCAUCCUCCAGACUCAUCCCUUCUGCCAGUCUUCUCAGUUCCACAGGCUCCUCUAGCGUGUUCUCGGUUUUGCUUUGUCGGGUAGUGGGGAGGGAUAGCUUGUCCACCAGCUAGCGUGCACCUCUCCUGUCUUUAACCUUGGGAGGGGCGUGUUGUCGGGGCCUCUUCACAGCGUGCACUUGAAAGAUGGGCGGUCAUGAAAGAGGCCAUCGACUUUUGCAGACUUCAAAGGGAGCCUUUUUCAUCCGUCUCCUCUCUGCGUAUCUGGUCUAAGGGUCUGCUCCUGGCCAGACCCGUGGGUUUAGGGGUAUUCAAAGGGGGCGGGGAGAUCAGAGAAGUGGCUGAAUCACCCCUGAACAGGGUGCAAUGUUUUGGGAGAGGGGGUGGAAGGGCACAAUAGAGUAGAAUUAAAGUUUAAUGAGCAACAAUUGUAAGCAUGCUGGGACCAAGGGAGGGGGCCAGUCUGGUGCAGGGAACAUGAAAACCCCUACCAGUUUUGAUGUUCCUUGUUUUCUAGCUUGUCAUGUGGUGUUCUAUCAAAGACAAUAGAAUAGGUCCCCAUGACACCUUUAUUCUUUUCCCGCUGCCCAUAUUUUAGAAUAGAGUCUGCCUUCAAAUGGGAGAGAGACUUCUCAGUCAUUGUCUGCUCUGUUUUACCUGAGAAGAGAUCUCUCCUUUGAAUGGAGAGUUGAUAAGACCAUUACAGAUGGUCUGUCAUCAAUUUAGCCUGUUGCACCCCCUAGUGGAUCGUAAAGAAAUGUCUCUCUAGAUUAAAGGACAUCUUAGUCGACAAUGUUUUCAAGCUCCUCUGGGGCUUAAAAACACAGGUACAUUAUAUACCAAAGUAUAACUGAAUAUGCAUGGAUACCCUCUGAUAUUGUUUUUGUACUAUACGUGGGGUUAUCAUUCCAUCUUAAUUAGUACACCAGAAAUCCAAAGAUAGCGAAGUCCAGUGAGAUGUGUUAAGUAGCACAUUAUUUUUAUGUUCAGCAUUUGAAGUUGGAACUGAGAGAUUGACAUGAAGUUGUGACUGUAGAGGAAGUAUUUGGACUCCGUAACCCCAGUGUUCCCUUUGUCCCCCUGUGUACAUGAAUACUUACCCAUCUACCUCAACUGUGUGAGAUGUUGUGUGGCAAAUAAGUUUCUUAACCAAAGAUUCCAUCCUUUCUGUCUAUCUGUCUGUCCAUCUGUCUCUCAUGCUUUUUGAAAACCAAAUGUGCUGGAAUCAAUCUGUUACAGGAGCAACCAAGCCCCAUCCAGCCAAAGCGUAGUCCAGUGUACUACAGAAGUCAGACUUACCAAUAAUCUGUAUAUAAUCAUUUUCAAGACCAAAAAAGUAGGUGACAAUCCAGGCAAGGAGGAUCUUGCUGUAAUCAACGUUGCCUAUUCCUUGUACCAAACUAGAAUCAUGUGACUUACUGUAACAGUUAUGAAAGCCCAAGAAUCAAGAGUUCAACCAAAAACAAAAGGUCAAGAGGAGACUAAAGCUAUUUUUUCACAUUUGUAAAACCAUUACCCCUUUUCCAAUAUGUUAGUGUAUUUGAAAUACUGUUUGAUCCCACUGUUGGAAGCAGGAAUAAAUGACUCAAUUCAAAAGCUUUAACGAGGCCAAAUUGAGGGAAAUAUUGUAUUUGACAUGGGUUUGUGUCUGGGUUCCUAAACUAGGACUCACCCACCAUACUUAUCGUGCCAUUCUCGUCCAUGUGUUAGACUAACUAAUGAAUGUGGCUAACCAACCAAAGGCUUAAAACACAACACUUUAAAUGUCAAUCAUGGUGGGACAUUUUGUAACAACUAAAGAGAAUCCCUUUGAAUACCUCAUGUGAAAUUGUUUGUUGUGAUGUUGCACCAAAAAAUUAAAAUGACUCAUUUGUAACCCAAUUUAGUUUGCUGACUUCAUUCACACUACAUGGUAACACACAUGAUGUAGGUCUACAUACUUGUCAUUUUGACU